AUUGUUGAAUCUAAUUCUUUAACUCGAUAAGUAUUCUUUUAUUUUUUGUUCAUUUUGCCGCCGAAGGGGCAGACGAAAUUCAAUAAUUUUUUACUUCGUAUCAAGUUGAGUCUACUGUAGCCAUUCAAAAUGAUCAAGUCAGUGGUGUUAUUUGUAUUUACAAUUAUUAUUGUUAUAAUUACAAUAAGUUAUUGCACUGGGCAGUUUGAAGACGAUCAGAUAGAUUUGAAUGAAGCCUGGUUUACUGAAGAUAUGUACAAUGACCCUUAUUUUGACAAAUUACGUAAAAAAAAAAAGUAUGGAAUCAUCGCGCCAGGAACUAAAUGGUGCGGUCAAGGUGAUAAAGCUGAAAGUUAUAAUGAUUUAGGUAAAUUUAAUAAUACUGAUAUAUGUUGCCGUGCACAUGAUAAUUGUCCGAUUGCUAUUAAAGUUGGCGAGACCUUAUAUGGUUUGAAAAAUCCAGAUUUGUCUACAAGAUUAAGUUGUACCUGCGACAGAGAAUUUUACAAAUGUUUAAAAAAUGUCGAGAGCCUCGCAAGUAAAACAAUAGGGACAAUUUAUUUUGAUUUGUUAAAAAAAAAAUGUCUCGAGUACAAAGACGGUCAGUAUCAAUGGGCAGAAAAUGACGUCUACUCAAAGGCGAGAUUCAUUUUGUUCAUUCGCAAACUAUUGAAUUAAAAAAAUAUAAAAUAACAAUAAUAAUAAUAUAUGUA